GCCAUACCUCGCAUAUAAUCUACAGUCAACUCACUUGAUUGUCAAGUUUUCACCUUUUGUUAUUUUUUUUUCUCAUACCUAAACCUAAUACUUUCACAGAUUUCACCUGCUAAUAACCUCAAAAAAGAAAUUAUUAUUUUAUAAUAAUGCCUACGAUAUCCGUAAAACGUGAUACACUUUUCAAAGCUCUGGGAAGAAGUUAUACCGAUGAGGAGUUUCAAGAUUUGUGCUUCGAAUUUGGUUUAGAACUGGAUGAAGUAACAACUGAAAAGCAGAUGUUGAUGAAGGAGCAGGGUGACCAGGUUGGAGCAGGAGUAUCAGAGGAAAUAUUGUACCGGAUAGACAUCCCUGCCAACAGAUAUGAUCUACUAUGUUUAGAGGGGCUUGUAGAUGGCAUUUUGGUAUUUCAAGGAAAGAAAGCCCCUCCUCAAUACAAAUUGACAAAGUAUGAAGACUGCCAUUCCCUACACCUUACUCCAUCAACGUCACAAAUAAGGCCAUAUGCAGUGGCAGCUGUGCUAAAAGGUGUCACAUUCACCAAGGAGUCAUAUGAUAGUUUCAUUGAUUUGCAGGACAAAUUACAUCAAAACAUUUGCAGAAAAAGAAGCCUUGUUGCUAUCGGCACUCAUGACCUAGACACUAUAAAGGGUCCGUUUGUCUAUGAUGCUUUGCCUCCUUGUGAAAUUAACUUCAAAGCCCUUAAUCAGCAAACAGAGAUGACUGCUCCACAGCUUAUGGAAUUAUAUUCAAGUCACGCUCAGUUAAAACAAUACCUAGGAAUAAUCAGGGACAGCCCAGUGUACCCUAUAAUCAAGGACAAGAACGGCGUAGUGCUCUCCAUGCCGCCCAUCAUCAAUGGCGAUCAUUCCAAAAUCACAUUGGACACCAAGAAUGUCUUCAUAGAGUGUACUGCUACUGAUCUUACUAAGGCGAUAAUAGUACUUGACACGAUCGUGUGCAUGUUCUCGAAGUACUGCAGCGUCCCGUACGAGGUGCAGCAGUGCAAGGUGUUCGCGCCGGACGGCACCUACGAGCUGUACCCCAAGCUGGAGUAUAGAGAGGAGCUCAUCAAUGUCGACAAAGCUAACAGCUACAUCGGCAUCAGGGCCCCAGCGGACGAAAUAGCGUCGCUGUUAUCGCGCAUGUGCCUGCCGAGCGCGGCGGCGGCGGAGCCGGAGCGCGUGCGCGUGCGCGUGCGCGUGCCGCCCACCCGGCACGACGUGCUGCACGCUUGCGACCUCUACGAGGACAUCGCUAUUGCUUACGGUUACAACCGCAUCGCGCGUUGCGCGCCGACGCUCGCGUGCGCGGGCGGACAGACGCCGCUCAACAAGCUGACGGAGCAGCUGCGGGCCGAGUGCGCGCGCGCGGGCUUCACGGAGGGGCUCACUUUCACGUUGUGUUCGCGCGAGGACAUAUCGACCAAGUUGGGGCGAGAUAUAUCGGAGGUGCCAGCGGUCCAUAUCUCCAACCCCAAGACCCUGGAGUUCCAGGUGGUGCGCACCACUCUCCUCCCUGGCCUGCUGAAGACGGUGGCUGCCAAUAAGAAAAUGCCGCUGCCGCUGAAGCUGUUCGAAGUCAGCGACGUGGUUUUAGCUGAUGACUCCGCAGAAACGGGCGCGCGCAACAGACGGCGGCUGUGCGCCGUGUACUGCGGCAAGUCGGCCGGCUUCCAGCUGGUGCACGGGCUGCUGGACCGCCUCAUGCUGCAGCUGCGCGUGUCCGCCGCCGACUACCGGCUGCACCAGUGCUCAGACCCGGCGUUCUUCCCGGGGCGCUGCGCGGAGGUGCGAUGGCGCCAGCGCGCGCUGGGCCGCCUGGGCGUGCUGCACCCGGCCGCGCUGGCCGCCUUCGACCUCGCGCAGCCUUGCUCCGCGCUCGAGAUCGACCUGCAGCCCUUCCUAUAGCUCCACGGACCCAGAUCCGGCUGUGAACGAACACUUUAUGCCACAGUAUAAUGCUAUUCUAUAUAGUUUUAUAAUCAUUAAAAAAUAAAUGUGAAAUUUAUUUUUUUGCCAUCAAACUACAAUAUAACGAACUAUUCCGGUCUGAUCUAUAAGAACCCUUGGAGAUCAGAUAUAUUUUGGUUGUUUCGUAUUCCAUUCAGAUCCCCUAACCUUUAAACAACCUCUUUUCUUUCUAAAAAUAAAAUAGGCGUUGAGACAUCUUCUGUACUUUUUCUCGUUCUAUUUGCUAAAACUCUUCUCAGUAAUGUGCAAAAGUGCCUAGUAAUUUGAUUUAGAAUAAUUGUCUCUCUAUAAAAAGAGACAAAAUUACUAUAAAACUCUUGUCUAGUUUCCCUAGUACUUUGUUUACACAUUGUAAUAAUCCGUUAUUACUUAACUCCUGUAGAUUUGUUUGCGUGCGAUUUUUCGUAUUUUAGUUAGUAUAAGUGAAUAAUGGUAUUAGUAUAUAAUAACGUUGUAAUGAUUUGAUAUUUUAAUAGAAAUAAAAAUAAUUUUUACACUGACAA